GUACAGCGAUCUCUAUGUGGACGGCACAUUAAUGCUACAGGUUUCCUGUUGCGCCAGUGAGAGCGGGGCUCCUCCACUCCAGUGCUCAGACACUCAUGAUUUUCCAAAUGAGAGGGGUAAUAAGAACUCAUCAAUUCCACCAUUUAUUACUAAAACAUUUUAAAAGAUUUUCUUUUGAAAGAAGAGGUUUGUGUACUAAUGCAACUCAAAAGUCUCAUCGACGAGUUGUUGUGACUGGUAUUGGUAUAGUAUCACCUUUAGGUGUUGGCACUCAGUUGGCAUGGAAUCGUCUCAUAAAAGGAAAAAGUGGAAUAGUUUCUCUAGCAAGUGAUGUAUACCAAAAUAUCCCUUGUAGAGUAGCUGCUCGUGUACCAAAAGGUCAUGGAGAGGGAGAGUUCAGUGAAGAAUUAUAUAUUUCAAGGUCAGAUGUUAAAGCAAUGUCAUCUGCCACGAUUAUGGCUUUAGCUGCUGCAGAGCAAGCAAUUGUUGAUUCCAACUGGAUUCCAAAGACUCGAGAAGAUCAAGAAUCCACAGGUGUGGCAAUAGGCAUGGGAAUGGUUCCUCUUGGAGAUGUUACAGAGACUGCUGUCCUCUUUCAAACAAAAGGAUAUAACAAAGUCAGUCCCUUUUUUGUGCCAAGGAUCUUGAUCAAUAUGGCAGCAGGACAUAUCAGUAUCAAAUACAAACUCAAAGGACCAAAUCAUGCAGUUUCAACAGCCUGCACAACUGGAACCCAUGCUAUUGGAGACUCAUUUAGGUUUAUCACUCAUGGGGAUGCUGAUGUAAUGGUGGCAGGUGGAACAGAGGCUUGUAUCAGCCCUUUGGCACUUGCUGGCUUUGCAAGAGCCCGAGCACUUAGUACAAGCUAUAAUGCAGAUCCCCAGAAGGCAUGUCGACCGUUCCAUCCUGAACGAGAAGGCUUUGUUAUGGGAGAGGGAGCAGCUGUGUUAGUAUUAGAAGAAUAUGAACACGCACUGGCAAGAAGUGCUAAAAUCUAUGCUGAAGUCUUAGGAUACGGAUUGUCAGGGGAUGCUUGUCACAUAACAGCGCCAAGUCCAGAAGGGGAUGGAGCAUUCAGGUGCAUGAGUGCAGCCAUUAGAAAUUCCGGAUUACAGAUUGAAGAUGUGGGCUACAUAAAUGCUCAUGCCACCUCCACUCCUCUUGGGGAUGCCGCAGAGAACAGAGCUAUCAAAAUGCUCUUUAAGGAACAUGCAUAUUCUCUAGCAGUAUCUGCUACUAAAGGUGCAACAGGUCAUUUGCUUGGCGCUGCUGGCGCUAUAGAAGCCGCCUUCACAGUUCUUUCCUGUUAUUAUGGAACACUACCGCCUACUCUAAACCUUGAUAGAACGGAGCCUGAGUUUGACCUUAAUUAUGUCCCUGUUACAGCACAAGUGUGGAAACCUGGAAAGAGACGUGUAGCUGUAAGCAAUUCAUUUGGCUUUGGAGGCACGAAUGCAGCACUGUGUUUUGGCAAUUUGUGAAAGUUUAUUUGUAAUUUUUACACUUGUCCAGAAUAAAUUUUAAAUAUAUUUGCAAACAUAAA